AUGGAGACUCCCGCGAUGAUUCGACAUCUGACGGCACUUCUGGAUGCCAUGGUGAGGUCGCCAACAAUUGCCAUUUGUCAGCUGCCACUGCAUGAACCCACAUCGCCGGAUGAAGCAGAAGUGUCAAGCUGGGCCGAUGCAUACAGCUCUUCGUGCUAUUGCCCACGGGCUUCGAAUCUUUUUUCUGCCGACCGCUCCAUGACAUCCAUGCUCGCGGCCACUGCAGCAACGUCGCCUGAUGCCCUCGCAAUGGUCGACGACGGCAACGGGGCCACCUACACCUAUGAGGAAGUCUUGAAGAUGUCCAGUUCCAUUGCCCAUGGCCUUGCACGCACUGGGGUUCCUGUGGACAGUCUGGUCCCGUUGAUGGCUUCAAGAAGCGUCGAGAUGAUCUUGGGAAUUCUCGGCAUCAUUCGGACCGGAAGUGGCUAUGUUCCUUUGGAUCUGCACUGGCCGGACGAUCGUCUUCAAGACGUUUUGCGCCAAUGCAGAUCGAAGGUGGUUCUCGCAUCUUCUGAUUGCCACAAGAAGCUUUCGCACAUAGCCCUCGAGGUGGAGGUUUCGCAUGUUCUGGACAUUUCGAUGAAUGCAGCCAGCGGUGGCCACUUGGAAGACCGUGGUUCCGGCAGCUCACUCGUCUAUGCAUUCUUCACCUCCGGCACCACUGGGAAGCCCAAAGGAGUGAUGGUGGAGAACAAAGGACUUGUUCACCGGAUUCAUUGGUUUCAGCAGAAGUGGCCUCUCCGGCAAGGAGAAGGUGUUGUCUCCAAGGUGGCGUAUACCUUCGGCUUGUCUGAGUGGGAGAUCUUUUGGCCUCUUGUGGCUGGAGCUACACUCGUCAUUGCUCCACCAGGUGGCGAGAAAGAUGCGGACUAUCUACUGCGCCGUGCAUGCAACGCAUUCACUCCCCCGCACCCGAAGGAGGAUGCUCGGCUGCUUCCGGGAAGGGGACCGUCUCCCGAUCUGAUCCACUGCGUGGCUGCGCAUGUGUUCGUGCCCUCUAUGCUUCAGAUGGUCCUCGAGAAGUACGAUGAGCUGGAGGAAGAGGACUUGCAGCGCAAAGCUGAGGAGCAUCAUUCGGAAGGCCGCUCGAGUUGA